AUGACCUCUGUCUACCCGCUAAACAAGGCUAUUGCCCGAGCGGAAGAGUUCCAGAUAUCGUUCUAUUGCCGAUCAGAAGUGUCGGUCCCGUGGGCUACCGCGCCCCUUUUUGGAUUCACGACGACGACGAAGAAGAAGAAGAAGAAGAAGAAGAAGAAGAAGAAGAAGAAGAAGAAGAAGAAGAACCUUAGUCUUGAGAUUUUGGCUCAUGACGAGCACAAGCACAUGGCUAUAUAA